CUAUCUAAUGGAAAAUGAGAGAGUGGGCUGGAUAGCCGUGUAGAGUUUGGGAUAGAAGUACACAGCUGUUUCGCUCGGCUUCAAGGCACGAGCACCAGGAGAUGACAGGAAACGUGUGUUUUUCAUUGUCCUGAACCUGGCGGAUUUCGCGGAGAAGAGAGGGAAGAUUGCGUUUUUUUUUUGCACAAGAGCAGAAUAGGCUGUGCGCAGUUUUUUCGUCAGAAUACGCACAGGAGUCAAACUUCAGUCCGGGAGUAAAACUAUAAGCCUUUGGUUUGAGUUUACAUAUGAGGUUGUUUAUUGGCCGACGCUCCCUCACUAUCGUAACGAAUGCCAUGCCACGGAUUUUAUCUGGGAAAGCCUUUCAAGAGGAACAACAAGGGGUGAAAGCGUUUGGGACAGCGAGCGGAGGGCUGGAUAAAAGGAAACCCACUCUCGACCAAAGACGUUUGCAACAUUUUACAUUUUUGUCGCAGGACGGUACACGGUGUAUUCCAUAACCAACUGACGUGGGACUCUCAGGGGGCUGGUCGAGAAAGGAGAUCUAACCCAGGGGGCUCUGGCUGCGCGCACACAUACACACACGCACAGACGCGCGAAAGCUGUCAAAAGUCACGCUUUGUUGGCCUAUGCUAUAGUGUGUAUAUAAAAAAACGAGAACGUGGCUCUGAGCUAUGGUCCAACGGGCGCGAGACCAAAGUCACAAAAUAGGUUAUUGUGCAGACUUACAUAGUUACACAUUAGAGUGCACUCCAUCCACGACAGUGUCCUGUUGUUUUUGUUGUUGUUGUUAAAUAGUGGACAAGGGGAGGCUGAUACAGUACAACAGACACGUGUUUGCCUGGGAAACAGUUUUUCAUGACAAUGGAAAUGUAAGAUUUCUCUCUAACGUAACGGACGUCAGUUCCAUGACAGCCCUGAAGAUGGUGGAGACGCGGAGCUCCCUCCAGAGGGAAGGGGUGUACCGCUGGUUCUCUGUCCUGAGCUCGGCUCAAAGGGCCGAGUUCCUGUGCGGGCUCCUGGACCUCUGUGUGCCCAUCGAGCUGCGCUUCCUCGGCUCCUGCCUGGAGGACCUGGCUCGCAAGGAUUACCACUCGCUCCGGGACGCCGAGAUCAAAGCCAACAACGCGGCGGACUUGGCGAACCUCACCAACAUCACGGACGAGGUGGUGAGGAGCAAGUUACUUAUCUCCCUGGCACUGCUCAGCUCGGAUAAUCGGGAGGCGGCAGGGGUGCUCUUUCGGACCCUGACGCACAUAGACACCAUCAUUAACAACUAUGGACUGCAGCUUAAUGACGGUCAGACUGGAGACCAGUUCCUCUUGCUCUUCACCAUGGCGUCCAACCAUCCUGCCUUCAGCUUUCAUCAGAAGCAGGUGCUGCGACACGAGCUCACGCAGAUUCACGAGAUUCUGUUGCAGCUGACCAGCGGCGACCAGGCGCACACGGCUGCACUCACCACCGAGGCCUGCUCCGCGCCAACGUGCGUAACCGCGCCUCCCAUCAACUCCUGUCACACCGGUUGCGCAUGUCCCAGCAGCACGGUUACCCAGCGAGAGUUGUCUGUGGAUCCGUCUGAUGAAAUCCCCGCCCCCGAUGCUCCAGAGGCCACGCCCCCCGCCCCACAACCACAGCAGGAGUCACCGGGCCGAAGCCACAGUACUGGGAAAGCCAGUAAAGUGUGGGUGGAGCAGGUGGAGGUGCGGGAGGUGCUGCAGAAACCUGAUAAGAGCACUGAGCUCCUGCUACAGGUGGUGUGGUCCGACUCCAGCCAGUCAUGUGUCAGCCGUAGCCCCCAGGAACUCAAUGAUCUCUUCAGUCAGGUGACUCAGCUGUUUCCUAAUGAGCGCCUUGACAAGUUCUCCCCGGCGUCUCCUCCACACGACUCUCCACUUGAGCUGGAUCCCAGGUGGUUGACGUCCCUCCCUCCUCGUGUCCUGAAGCACGAUAAACUCAGACACUUCUUCGCGCCAGCCCCUCCAUCACAGCUCCCAAACAGCACAGGUCUGGGUUGUCUGCUGCAGUUCCGGGGAGUCAACAGGCCUGUGUGUGGCGUUGCCAGUAUCCAGCCGACAGUGAGCAUCCCCCACCCGGGCCCCGCUCUCCUCCAGAGCGCCCUCCCCUCACCACCACCACCACCGCCUCCUCCCAACGCCAUGCCACCCUCCGCAGUCAGCAUCACCUCCAUGCCACCCUCAGCCACAGCAUCCAUGACAGUGGGCAUGACGUCGCCAGAGUGCGAGGGCGUUGGUGGCGGCGGCGCUGGUGGUAGUGGCAUGGGUGUGCCUCCGUCCCCUCGUCUGCCCCCCCACAUCAGCAUCAGCAGUCUCAGCUUCAUCCCGGCUCAGGUGGCGUCGGGGAAGACACUCACAGCCUGCACGCCGCAGCAGCAUUCACACCCACCCGUGCACAUGAUGCUGCAGCAUUCUCACUCGCAUUCGCACUCACACUCACACUCGCAUUCGCACUCGCCGCAGCAGAUGCCUCACCUGCACAUGCAGACGCAGUUGUCGGUUGCGCAGACACAGAUGCAGGUGCAGAUGCAGGCGCAGACACAGAUGGCCCAGUCACAACAGCAGCAGCAGACGCAGACGCAGCAGCAGCCCAGCCCUGAGCAGAACUGCCUGCUGGACUGGCUGCGCAAACUGCGGCUGCACAAGUACUACCCCGUCUUCAAGCAGCUCACCAUGGAAGAGUUCCUGGCUUUAACAGAGGAGGACCUGAACAAAUACGACUUGACGCAGGGUGCCAAAAAGAAAUUGAAAACGCAGCUGGAACUGCAAAAAGAGAAGAGGUAUGUUGUGUCUCAGUUCCCAGUGUCUUGUAGCGGCGUCGCCAGAGUUACGCCUUCCAGCCACGUCAGUCCCCUUACACACGUACACGCCGGCAGUAACACAGAGCUGCGUGUGGAUGUGGAGACGGGGUCUAUGCCAGUGCCGGUGCCCAGGGACAGCAGCUCCUCCUCGGGCUACUCCAGUGCACCCAACAGCCCCAUGACGCCCCAGAGCAGAGACGCCGCCUUCGACAGAGCCAAAGAACAUCUGCACCGCCGAGUGGACUCAGCCUUGGACCUGCGAGAGAAGGACCACUACAGCAUGCUGAUGAGCCCCAUGAUGUCAUCAGGCCCCAGCCGGCCCACCGCCCAGGUGCUCCCGGUGCAGAACGACCCCAGCGCCUCCUCCCUAAACGCCCAACCACCUCCUCCUCCGCUGGGAGGCCCUGGCUCCCGUGCCUGCCUGGCCUCCUCCCCCCGCAAACCCAGACCCCCGCCUCUAUGCACGGACGACGGACGGCGGGUGGUGGCGUUGUCGUCCUCCCGGCUGGAGAGCCUGUUCCCCAGCCUGAGCCUGGAGGCUGCAGCAGCGGCGGGGGGCGCGUCAGGCCCUCACAUGCUGCGCUCCCCUCCGGGCCUCAUGGUGGAGACCAGCUCGGCCCUCACCGCCACCUCCAACACCUUGCACCACGUCUCUCACCCGCCCCUCCACCUGCAGCUCUCGCCCUCCCUCCCGCCACGGGCUGUUGGCAGCCACCACCACUACGCCUCCUUCCUCUCCUCCUCCUCCUCCUCCUCCAAUUCCAACUCCUCGUCUUCAUCCUCCUCUUCCUCCUCCUCCUCCUCUAACUCCUCCUCAGGCUCUGCACCUUCGUCCUCCUUGCCUUCCUCCUCCUCCUACUCGGCCAAGUCCAGCUACCCGUCGUCGGCCGGCAGCGUUCCCAUGGUGGCCGUGCCGGGCAACACCUACUGCAUCAACAGCAUCUCGGCGGCGGCGUUGGCAGCACCCAGCUCGAACCCGGCAGUGGCGGCUGCGGCGGUGGGGUCUUCCGAAGCCGUGGUGGCCUGCUACGGUGUUUCAUCCACCUCCUACUCUGUGCCUCCUCCGCCGCCCUCCUCUUCCUCCUCCUCCUCCUCCUCGCCGUGCGUGUGCGUGUGCAGCUCGUGUGGAUGCAGUGGGAACUGCGGCUCGUACGCGGCGGCUCUCCCUAGCAGCUACGCCGCCGGCUACUUUCCCCACCCCUUCUCGCCGGGCACCUCCGUCUUCACGCUGGGACCGCUGCUGCACCUCAGCCCCCUGCUGCCAGGGGGCGCCGCACACGCACACACGCACGCCGCUGCAGCUGCUGCUGCUGCUGUCGCCACUGGGCCCGCCCCCUUCUCCUACCCCGUCGUAGCACCUCCCCUUUACGGAAACAGCCUAUCAGCUGAGUCACAACAGCAGCAGCAGCAGCAGGGAUUGGUUCUGCCACCCAUGCAAGGGUUCUUAGGGGGUGGAGCCAACGUUUACCAGGCCCAUGGGAUGAUGGGAAAUGGAGGAGGGAAUUUGAAAAAGGGCGGCGGGAACCUGUCGUGCUACAACUGCGGCGUGACUGGCCACAGGGCGCAGGACUGCAAGCAGCCGCCCAUGGACUCUGCCCAGCAAGGGACUUUUCGGCUGAAGUACGCUCCUCAGACUGACAGCCAAGACUCUGGAGAGUAGGGAAGAUACCCCCGUCUGACAUGGAUGGAGGAUUUAUCGAAAAAGGGAACGGCAGUAGACCCUUUGCGUCCCACAGAAGGGAACUCCACAAUGCUCCAGACUCCAGAAGCUAGUCUACAACUAAUUAUAGUCACAGACUCUUUGUGACAGACUUUGCAGCACCUCAGCACCAAAGCCUCAUAACUACUGCAGCUAUCCAGACUUUUGAAGUCUCCGUCUUCAAGAUUUGAGACCACAGCAAUUCCUAAGUCCUACUUAAUGACUCCCUGUAGUCCCUAAAUGAGUCCUUAAAUCACGAUCAGACAAGCCCACUCGACGACUGUUUGACAGAGCUGUCCCUUGAAACGUCAGGGCUGAAAAUUCCAGGCCUUAACAACUACAGGCCCUAAAAAGUUGAACGUUAACACUUUGAAAUUGUUGUUCCGCUGGUCCCCGAAGUUGCAAGAGGUUCCAGGUCAAAAUACAUCUGAUAAUCCUUGGAUUUCAUCCAGGUAACUUUACAAGACUACACUUCCAAAUAUUGUUAUGCCUGCGCCCAUCAACACGAUCGGAGACCACUGCAAUAUCUACAGACAGGAAUGACCCGAGUGAGCGAGCGCUCUGUCAAAGUUCAUUUCAUAAUGUCCACUGGCUGGUUCAGUGAUUAACUCUUUUUGUGUGUCCUUCUGUCAGUUUGUCUAUUUGUUUGUCUGUCUGUCUCUGUCUGUCAGGUCUAGAACAUCAGAGAACAUUUGACAAGGAGUCAACCACAGGGUCUUUUUUAAAACUUUUUUUCUCUACAGUCUUUUAAACAAUCAAAGUAUUGUGUCAUCAGUGCAAAGACAUUGAAUCAUGUAUCACAGCAUCAUCUUUCCCCCCCUCACCACUCAGGUUGACAAUCUUGCAACUGGACAGUGCCCCCCACCCCACCCUCCCCCUCAACCCAAACUGCUGCAUCUCUGCUGAGGGAGAUACCUGCUGUAUACAGAUCUCCUCUUCUCAUGGCCAAUGGGCUGCACACUCUCCAUUUUCUCACUCCACCCGUGGACCACCCUACCCUAUUUGACACAUUGGGGGUUGAAUCUGCUUUUUCUUCAAUCCAUUGAGCUUCCAGAACAGAUCAAGGAGGGGUGGGGGCGGACAGGAGGCCAGACUAUCACUAUCACUCUUUAUACUCCUGGCAGCUCUUCUCUUAGCAUUGGCUGUGUGGUUGAAUCUUUUGGAACCUGAAGGAAAUCGGCCGAGCGCACGGAAGCGCACAGAACCAAGACUCUUGGGUAUCUCUCUUGUUAUUGUUGUCAUGGUGGGUUUUUUUUACACAAUAUCUUUCAGGUUUUUUUUUAAAUAUACUGUAUUUGUAAGGGAUAUUCAUGUUUAGCGCAUUAUAUGCAAACAUUUCUAUGCCAGUCUAAUGACAAAGCACUUGUAAAAAAAAAAAAACAAAUGGGAAAAAAAGAACUCAUGAAACAAAAAUGUGGAAAAGCAAUCAUGAUCUGGGGUGUGUUUCUCAAAAGCUUAGUUGCUAGCCAGUUAGCAACUUGGGUAGUUGUCAAUGGGAAAUUGCACUGCAAACAACAAAGUAGCUAACGUAGUUAGCAACUAUGGUUUCGAGAAAUGGACCCCUGGAUUUGUAACUUUAAGCUGCACUUGGUUCCUCUUCAGUACCAACUAGUGCUGCAGGUUGUAUGCCUGGUCAAAAUACACAAGACUAGAGUGUUGUUCCCCUUCCCUGGAGCUGAUGUGUACUACUCACACAUACACAGUGUGUGAGCUAACAGACUGGAUACUUAGUCAUCUUAAAGGAGAAUGUGUGGAUGGUAUGCACUACUGUAUGGUUUUUAGAGUGGACAUCUUGAAAGCACUUUGUAUUAUACAAUCAGAGAAUGUUCCCCUGUUUUGUUCGACAACACAGACCAGCGGGUUCUGGUCGCAAAAGAUUAUUGAUGGCGUAUGAAUGAACGCCUGUCGAAGGGGCUCGUCGUCAAAUAUUGCACAGCUGUGUUAGAAGAUGGAAAACCUGACUUCAGACAUUUCAGCCAAAUUUUGCAUCAGCCAUUUGCUGAACUAGUGGAUGCAGGCCUAUGUUCAAAGGAGUAGAUGUGUGCACAUCCCACCCGAUGGGUCAGGUGCAGGACAAUAAAAGCAGGAAUUCAGGUCGAGUGAAUAAAGUGUGCAACACUGCUUGUCUUCUGCGUUAAAUUUAAUAAUGGGAGCUUAACGUUUUGACCCAUCAGGUCUGAUGAAGACUGUCAUUAUUAAAUUUAACGCAGAAGACAAGCAUUGUUGUGAACUUUUUUCCUUCUACCUGGAUGCAUGAGUAGACCUAACCAUAUUUUGGAGAGGGUACAGGUUGCUCCAAGGCUCCUAACCCCAAGUGGAUCCAGGGAGCUUAUCCUGUAGAAGCUCAAAACGAGGAGUCAUUAAAAAGAAUAUCCUCUGCUUAAUCUUCAUAUUGUGCAAUUGUAGUUCCUUCAGAAAAUAAAAUAAAAAUCCACUGCCACAGGAAGACAAGACACUUAACACACAUAUGCCUCUUUUCCACUGCCGGUUUUCUGGUAGGCCUACAGCUCGACACAGCGC